UUAGAAUUAUCCCGUCGUCAACAUUUGAACAACAAUUCUACUCAGCCGUUUGUAAAUUGUACACAAUUUUAACUCAUGAAGUGCGGUAAUUCUUAUGUAAUGACUAAAAUAAGACUAUAUUCCUAAGUUUAUCUAGGCGUAUCAAACCGAAGACAAUUAAUUUUACCGUUUUAGUAACAGGCUAAUUGUAGUUCUAGAACGGUUGUAACUUCGCAGCGUUAAGUUUUUGCACCAAAAUAAUUUCCUUGAAAUAAGAAUGUUUCCUUUAAAUUUAGACAGUAAAAGUUCAGUUAGCAGAGUAUUUAAAUGGUUUCCAAGUAGAAUAUAUAGCAGUUACAUUGAGCUCUCAUGAAUAACCACACUAUUUGAUAGUAGUGUAGUUAAGAGAAACUUCUCUGAGGGAUAAAAGUUAUUUUAUUCAAUAAACAUGAAUAGAGCUACAAUUGUGGUCUUAGCUGUAACUAUAUUAGUGGUAUACGUCGCCGGAUUGCCUGGUGGAUUUGGAAAAGGCAAAGGAAAGGGAGGAAGUAGCAGCAGUGAAAGCGGUAGUGAAGAGAAUGGUGGCGGAGGUGGGAAAGGCGGGGGCGGAGGUGGAGGCGGCGGCGGCGGCGGUGGCGGCAAGGGAGGGAAUGAUAGCGGCGGAGACAACGGAGGGAAAGGCGGCGGCGGAGGUGGCAAGGGAGGGAACGGAGGCGGCGGAGGUGGAAAGGGAGGCCAAAGAAAAGUAGAGUUUAAGAAAUGGUAAUAGAAAGACAGCGGUAUACCGAAGUUGCGGAUAAGAAUGGAGAGUUGCGCGUCGCUUUGAAGUAGUCAAUGUUUCUAGUUUUAUUAGAAAAUAAAAUAUAAAUGUAAUUUUGUUAUAUUCUUGUAGUGCUACAUGCUUAGUAUUUAAAUUUAAUAUACUACUGUUGUGAUGAUAUAAAUAAAGUAACUUUACUUACAAUAUAUUAUCAAACAU